UGAAUAGCAAACCCCGCCCACCCGCGGGCUGCAGAGAGGAGCAUCUUGAACACCUCUUGGUUGUUUGCUUCACCUGUGGCGGUUUGUUGUUCUGAAACGUCACGUUAGCUAGCUAGUUGCUAAACAAAAUUAGCCAUGGGCAGCUUCAUGGAGAACCACUUCCCUGCUGGAGAUGAGAGCGACGGCAGCAAUGACGAGUGGGAUAUCGGGUAUUGUUUGGAUAAAAAGUCUCCUCGCAUCAAGGAUCAGGAUGUUAUUGCAACACAUCCACAAGAUAAUGUGUCGACGUUGAAAAGAGCCAUCAGUAAAGGAGACAUUGGGACUGUUGAACAGCUGUUGGACAAUGGCAUGGACGUGGAGACCAGGCUUGGCUUUGAAUGGACUCCUCUCAUGUGUGCCGUCAGUGUGGCUAAUUACGAGCUCACCAAACUGCUACUGGACAGAGGGGCCAGUGCCAACUUCAGCAAAGAUCACUGGACGGUGCUCAUGGCCAGCUGCACAGCAUCUGCCACUGAAGACAAAAUUGCUCGCUGUGUGCAGAUCCUGCUAUCCAGAAAUGCGGAUCCCAACAUGGUGGACAGGUCUCAAAUGAGCUGCCUGAUGCUGACAGCCAGGGACGGCUACAUCAAGGUCAUCAACCUGCUGGUCUCCCAUAGGGCAGAAAUCGAUGUCCAGGAUGCCAAUGGAUACACGGCUUUGUGUGUCGCAGUGCAGUACGGCAGAGAGGACGCGGUGCUGAAGCUCCUCCAGCUGGGAGCGGACAAAACAAUAAGGACAAAGACUGGAAAGAGCCCUGCAGACUUGUCUGUGGUCUUCAAACACACACAGAUAGGCAGAAUUCUGGCCUCUUCCUUCAGCAGCUAUACUGCCCAGGCCUCUAUGGAGGAGACCCUCUCAAAGUUCUUCAAGACAAACUCUGACCCGUCACCUUGCCAGGAAAGUGUAACCAAGCUUGAUGAACUUCAGCUCCUCCUACACGGCCUCAAUCUCGGCCACCUCUCUGACAUCAUGACUGAAAAUGACAUCACCUGGAGCUACCUAUUGACCAUGGAGAAGGAAGACCUGGAGAAGCUGGGUAUCACAGAGCCAGGGGUCCAGCACAAGGUGCUGAGUGCUGUGCAGCAGAUGCACCUGGACAAAGUGGACUUAGACAAAAUCAGCUUCCUGGGCCCUGCAGACAGAGGGACUGAGGAUCUGCAUAUUUUCCUGAUAAGCGUGAGGCAGCAGUGCUGCUACCUGACGGAGACGAUUCAGGACGUCAUCAGCCGUUUCCCCCGCCAAGCCUCUCAGCUGGUCUUCUCACUGGACCCGAAGAAGGAGGCGCAGGCCGUCUGCAACCAGCUGGUGAUCCAGACUAAAGACCUGCAGAAGGAAGUCACCUGCCUCCGCAAUAUUCUAUGCAAGAUGGACGAGGUCGGAGAUUGCUGUCAGCUUCCUCAAACUGGUUACCGCGGCAACCGGAGGAUGCGGUCCCUGACCAGAGUCGCACUGGGUGCGCUCGGAGCCACCCUCCUGCUGCUCCUCUACAAAGCUGCCGGUGGCAAAGUCCACCUGCAGACGAUCAGGAAUGUGUAUUAAAGAGUGUGAGCUCCGUGUAGUUUACAGCAGGUGAUGCAUUCAGGUUCCUCACAGG